GGGAGGUUAUCCAUGCAGAAUCCUGUUGAAUUACAGUGCAUUGCCGUACUAUGCCGUCCUUUGCUGUGUCAAAACAAAAACCAGUAUAAAACAGAAAGCAGGGGGACAAGACAUUCCUCCAAUGGCCCCAGUUAUAUGGCGCCAGGCCCAGUAACAUCCAAAUUUGGAACUCUGGAGAAUCUGUCUGUCAGUACGUGACGGAUCAUCGGUUCGUACGGCGACCGGCGGACCUUCUCAAGCUAUCUGACUCGUCGUCUUUCACGCGGAGCUUUCACUCCACAAUGCCAACUCAUACUUUGUAUAAUUUUCAUUUUUUAUGCUUUUCUUCUUUGCAUGCUAUACAGUGUGUGUGUGUGUAUAUAUAUAUAUUCACUUCUUGUUCCUAAUCGAAAUCGUGGAAGGCUCGGUCCAACUCAUCGUUUUCUGUGCUCCGAGCGGCAAGGGCUUGGAGGGUUUCGAGGAUUAGAGUUUAUCUUUUGGGAUUGCCAGUGAAUCCGUGUAACCUGAAAGAGAUUCAAAAUGGUUGAGAUUGGAUUGGAUGACAUCAUCAAGGAGGCUGUUGAUUUGGAAAACUUACCCCUUGAAGAAGUUUUUGACAAUCUCAAAUGCACAAGGGAUGGCUUGACCUCCGAUGCGGUUAACGAUAGAUUGGCAUUGUUUGGAUACAACAAACUUGAGGAGAAAAAGGAAAGUAAGAUAUUGAAGUUUUUGGGCUUUAUGUGGAAUCCUCUUUCAUGGGUAAUGGAAGCUGCAGCAAUCAUGGCCAUUGCGCUUACACAAGGAGGGAAAAAAGAUGCGGAUUAUCAUGACUUUGUUGGCAUUAUAAUCUUGCUCAUAAUCAAUUCUACCAUCAGUUUCAUUGAGGAAAACAAUGCUGGCAAUGCAGCUGCUGCUCUUAUGGCUCGUUUGGCACCAAAAGCGAAGAUCCUACGUGAUGGGAAAUGGAAAGAAGAAGACGCCUCGUUACUGGUUCCGGGUGACAUAAUUAGUAUCAAACUGGGAGACAUCAUUCCAGCUGAUGCACGCCUUCUUGAAGGAGAUCCUCUUAAAAUUGAUCAGUCAGCUCUUACUGGAGAGUCACUUCCAGUGACCAAGAAUCCUGGUGAUGGCGUGUACUCAGGGUCAACAUGCAAGCAAGGUGAAAUUGAAGCUGUUGUUAUUGCAACCGGAGUUCACACUUUCUUUGGGAAGGCUGCUCAUCUUGUGGAAAACACUAAUCAAGUUGGUCAUUUUCAAAAGGUUCUAACAUCCAUUGGAAACUUCUGCAUUUGCUCUAUUGCUAUUGGGAUGGUUAUUGAAAUAAUUGUGAUUUAUGGACUUCAAGAGAGGGGAUAUAGAGUUGGCAUUGAUAACUUGCUUGUCCUACUUAUUGGCGGGAUCCCAAUUGCAAUGCCAACUGUUCUUUCUGUCACAAUGGCCAUUGGCUCACAUCGCUUAUCUCAACAGGGUGCCAUUACAAAAAGAAUGACUGCUAUUGAGGAGAUGGCUGGAAUGGAUGUGCUGUGCAGUGAUAAAACAGGAACUUUGACACUUAACAAGCUUACUGUGGACAGGAAUAUGAUUGAGGUUUUCGCUAAAGGCAUUGACAAAGAAAUGGUCGUACUCAUGGCUGCAAGGGCCUCAAGAUUAGAGAACCAAGAUGCUAUUGAUGGUGCAAUCGUCUCAAUGUUGGGAGAUCCUAAGGAGGCACGAGCUGGAAUUAGGGAAGUUCACUUCCUUCCAUUUAAUCCAACUGACAAAAGGACAGCACUUACCUACCUAGAUGCUGCUGGUAAAAUGCAUAGGGUCAGUAAAGGUGCACCAGAGCAGAUCCUCAACCUGGCUCAUAACAGAUCAGAAAUUGAAAAACGAGUACAUGCAAUCAUUGACAAAUUCGCAGAACGUGGACUAAGAUCCCUUGGAGUUGCUCGCCAGGAAGUGCCUGCUGGUAACAAAGAUAGUCCUGGGGGACCCUGGGAAUUUGUUGGCCUUCUCCCUCUAUUUGACCCUCCCCGUCAUGACAGUGCUGAAACAAUUAGAAGAGCUCUAGACCUUGGUGUCAGUGUUAAAAUGAUCACAGGUGAUCAGCUUGCAAUUGGUAAAGAAACAGGAAGAAGACUUGGAAUGGGAACAAACAUGUAUCCCUCAUCUGCCUUGCUUGGGGAAAGUAAGGAUGAGUUUGGCGCACUUCCCAUUGAUGACCUCAUUGAGAAAGCUGAUGGCUUUGCUGGGGUCUUUCCUGAACAUAAGUAUGAGAUCGUCAGAAGAUUACAAGCUAGAAACCACAUCUGUGGAAUGACUGGAGAUGGAGUGAAUGAUGCUCCUGCAUUAAAGAAAGCUGACAUAGGAAUUGCUGUGGCAGAUUCCACAGAUGCUGCUCGCGGUGCUUCUGAUAUAGUUCUUACAGAACCUGGAUUGAGUGUGAUCAUUAGUGCUGUUUUAACAAGCCGCGCAAUCUUCCAAAGAAUGAAAAAUUACACGAUAUAUGCCGUGUCUAUCACCAUCCGUAUUGUGCUGGGUUUCAUGUUGUUGACUGUCUUCUGGAAAUUUGAUUUCCCUCCUUUCAUGGUUCUUGUCAUUGCAGUUCUUAAUGACGGUACCAUCAUGACCAUAUCCAAAGAUAGAGUCAAGCCUUCUCCCAUUCCAGACAGUUGGAAGCUGAGUGAAAUAUUUGCAACUGGAGUCGUCCUUGGAAGUUACCUUGCUCUAAUGACAGUUGUAUUCUUCUGUGUGGCUUACGAAACAAACUUCUUUCCGAAUCAUUUCAAUGUGAGGAACUUCAACAAGCACCAUUUUAACAUGUAUGAUGAGGAAACUGCGACUAGACUUAAAGAACAACUGGCAUCUGCUAUCUAUCUUCAAGUCAGCACCAUCAGCCAAGCCUUAAUAUUCGUUACUCGUUCCAGGAGCUGGUCAUUCACUGAGCGACCUGGUUCUCUGCUUGUCAUUGCCUUCAUUAUUGCUCAACUGGUAGCAACCGUGAUAGCUGCUGAGGCAAACUGGAAAUUCGCUGGAAUCAGAAGUAUUGGUUGGGGCUGGACUGGUGUCAUUUGGUUGUUCAACGUUCUGACAUACUUGCCGCUUGAUCCCAUCAAAAUUGCUGUACGAUAUGGCCUCAGUGGAAGAGCCUGGGGUCUGGUCGUAGACAAAAGGACUGCAUUCACCAACAAAAAGGACUUUGGUAAGGAAUCUCGCGAGGCUGCAUGGGCGAAGGAACAACGAACACUCCAUGGCCUGGAGUCUGGUGAGUUCAAAGUGUUCUAUGACAGAAGCACCUUCCGUGACAUUAAUGUCAUGGCAGAGGAAGCUAAAAGGCGUGCCGAGAUUGCAAGGAUGAGGGAGCUAAAAACUCUGAAAGGCAAGGUUGAGUCAUUUGCCAAGCUGAGGGGCAUAGAAAUUGAUUCAGCUAACCAGCACUAUACUCUCUGAUUCUGAUCUCCCUAAACUGAUUUGUUAUCCCUUUUCUUGUUUCACUUUUUGUGCCAUUUAUUUGAUGAUUUGGCUUCCACAUGUAAUGUGUGAUAAACCCUUUACUUUUCUUUUGAUUUUCUUACACUCUUGAUCCCCUACCCAAACCAACAAUGGCCAUGCAUUCUCCUUUCUGGUUCAUUUGAAAGACAUCUGAUAAGGUUCCAUUCAACUCCUAUAGCUAUAUGUUCUGGUGCAAAAUAAGUUGC